GACUAUGUGCCACUCUUAUUUUGUGCCACCAAGGAACAGAGGCCAGACGAUGUCCCUACCUAAAGCGUCCCGCUAUGACAGCGGAGUGUACGAGUGUACUGCUGACAACGGUGUCCUUCCCCACGGGAUGGGUACUGCCACGCUGGAUGUGCAGUACGCCCCGUGGAUUGACCCGACGAUGGAUGACGAGAUCACACUCAUGCACGACCAGGAGGGGUUCAAGUUACGAUGUUUGGCGGACGGAAACCCGAAACCUCACAUCCGCUGGCGGCGGAAGGAUACAACCCUGUACUGGGAGAACCCGCUCCGGUUCCACCGGGUGCGCUACGACGUGGAGGGGACGUAUCAGUGCGUGGCCACGAGUGGCGGGUUUCAGGAGGUGACCAAGGAUACGUUCAUAAACAUCGUCGGACGGCCCCAGCUUCUCGGGGAGGAGUCAGUAUCGGCCACGGCAGUGGCUGCGGGAGGGACCGCCCGGUUCGCCUGCGACAUCACGGCGGACCCCAUGCCUGACCGGAUCAUCUGGCUGUGGAGAGACCGAGACGGGAUAGAGAAGGAACUGACUGUAGCGUCAGGCGAGUUCAUAACCAUCAACAAGAAGAGAGACAUGGAUGUAAAGUCUUCGUCGAGCUCUCUCACUAUUAAAGACGUCGCCUAUAAGAAUGAAGGGACGUACAUCUGCAGAGCCAGUAACAUGUUCGGCUCUGUACAGAGGAACUUUCAGCUGCAGCUCACAGGUGAGAAGUCUGACCAAUAAGGGCAUACUAAGGCCCCCUUUCCACUAGACGGCGAUCACGCUGCGCUCUCACUGCGACCUACAACGGAUAUGUGUAACCUUUGAUUUCAAGCUGGAUGUAUCAUACAGAAUGUAAAAAUG